GGACGAGAAGGCAGGGAUGCUCAGGAAAGGCAGUCCGCGCGAGGACGAGUGUGUCACAGUUGUGUGACAUUGUGACUGUAUCCGCAAUCGCCCAAAUCCACACCGAAAUCUUCACCCUCGACCAAAACCUCCCUUCAAGAUGCGGGACGUCCUCAAGACCGAAGAGCUCGAGAUCCCCGAGGGCGUCGAUGUCCAGAUCAAGUCGCGCCAGAUCAAGGUGUCCGGCCCGCGGGGGACGCUCACCAAGAACGUCCGCCACGUCGACAUGGACAUCCGGAUUAUCAAGGGCGCGAAGGCGAACAAGGUCACGCUCGCGGUGUGGCAGGGCGGCCGCAAGCACGUCGCCUGCUUGCGCACGAUCAAGUCCCUCAUCCAGAACAUGGUUACGGGUGUGACGAAGGGCUUCCAAUACAAAAUGCGCGCCGUCUACGCCCAUUUCCCGAUCAACUGCAUUAUCCAGGAGUCGGGUUCCGCUCUUGAGAUCCGGAAUUUCUUGGGCGAGAAGACCGUCCGCCACGUUGACAUGCUUGACGGCGUUGUUGUCGCUGAGUCGAAGGCACAGAAGGACGAGCUCAUCCUUGAGGGCAACGACAUCGACAACGUCUCACAAUCCGCCGCAUCCAUCCAGGGCAUCUGCCGCGUACGGAACAAGGAUAUCCGUAAGUUCUUGGACGGCAUCUACGUGUCGGACAAGAGCACGAUAGUCAAGGAUGAGUAAUCGAGUCGCCUCACGAGUACGUUCGCGGGAUGUUUGGUCGGUCGAUACACAAAACCCUUGUCGCAUGCCCCACCCAUUAUUGUCACUAUGUACCCCUAUGGCUAUGACGCAGAUGCAUGCUACUUUCAUACUCUCA